AAACAGUGUUGUGCACGAUAAUAAUUAGUUAAGUGACAAUAACGUGUAUAAUUAAAGCAGUGAUAAUAUUAGUUUUAAACUGUGUAAAAAUGUAUACUUUGAAAAUAAUGCUUUGGAUGUCAAUAGUCAUCUUCUCCUUGCAAGGCUCGCUGUGUCUUCGUGACGUCCACAUGGUGAUCCCCGAGGCGGUGGAACGGAAGUCCACGGUGGAGAUGAAGUGUCAAUAUGACUUAGAACAAGAAGUACUUUAUUCUGUGAAGUGGUACCGCGGUGAUAGGGAGUUCUGUCGGUAUUCCCCACGAGACGUUCCACCGCUGAAGAUCUUUCCUAUACCUGGAAUCGAUGUCAAUAAAGACGAGACGGACUCAAAGAGGUUGACAAUAGUGAACGCGACAGACGUGGCGAACGGUCGCUACACGUGCGAGGUGUCGGCCGACGCCCCCUCAUUCCAGACAGCACAGGUGCAUGGGUUCAUGUACGUCGUUGACCUGCCAAGCACAGACCCAACUUUGUCCGGGAUAAAACGGCGCUAUCGUUCCGGGAUGAAACUGAGAGCUGAAUGCAUCAGCCGCAACUCGCUGCCAGCCGCCAAUCUUUCAUUCUUCAUUAAUAAUGAACCAGCAUCAUCACAACACGUAUGGCACAGAGUGGAUGGAGAGAAAGGAGGACCAAUGACAGCAUAUAGCACAAUCCAGUUCGUCGUACAGAGACAUCACUUCGUCAGAGGAAAAUUGAAGGUUCGGUGCACAGCAAUAAUCUACACCAUAUACAGAAUGAGUGUAGAGAAGUGCGCUGAAGAGGAAAGGAUACGGACCACGCCGGCGAGUCCGCCCGAGGUGCACGAAGCGAUCAUAUAUUCCGUGCAUCGCUUACCUGAAGCUGCUAAAACGUCAGCUGUUCGGAAGACGUCACCCACAUCGCUUUGGAUCAUUGCCAUUACUUCCCUCUAUCUACCCUACAUCUUAAGAUAAACCAAUAUUAAAUACAAUAGGUAGUUAAAAAAUCAUUGUGUUCUACAGAACAGUAAAAUGCGAGGUGCACAGCGACUGAAUUUGAAAACUGUUUUAAGUUUCGCUUUUUGUAAUUAUUUACUUUUAAGUUUUGUACUAUAAAAUGUAAUGUAUUUAACCUUUGCGUUGUUUUCAUAUUUUUGGUCGCUUUGCAUCUUUUUGUAAGUAUAAUUAAGAGCCCUGCUGUUUCUAUGACUGAUAAAUUCUCUCUAUACCUAUAUUUUCACUGUUGAUACGUUGUU